UUAUCAUGGCCGCGCCCUUUAAAUUUGCUGCUGGUUUGUUUAUCCCUUGAAAAAGUAAUAUGUAAGGGCCAUUUGCUUCUGUUUUUGGAGUGUUCACAUGAUGAACAUGGAGGAAAGAGACUCGGGACACGAAAGUUGUGUUUCCAGUUCUUCCGACGAUUCUAUGUCAGAUGGAGAUUAUGUGGUUCAGCAGCCAGCAGCAGUCUCACCUGCCCUUUCUGAAGAACAGCCUAAGUUUGACUUUACCAGUUGGAGUCCAGAUGCACCAGCAGGUCUCCAGUGGUUGAGUUUACUCCCCAUGGGUGCAGACUAUGGCUCACAAAAAGAACAUGUUGGUAGGAUCAGGGUAUCUGCCACACACAGGAAAGCAAGAAUGAAGCGAUUUGCUUCAGGGCAGACAGUUGCAAAAAAUAAAUUAGAUGAGAGAAGGCUUCGAAAUGCAGUGAAUGAUAAUGAUUAUUAUGCAGCAUUUCAGCUUCUUGAUGGUGGUGUGGACCCGUGCAAUUCAGAUGAAAAGAAAAGAAGUCCUCUGCACUUUGCUGCCUGCAAAGGAAAUGAACGUAUUGCAAGUUUGUUGUUAGAUUAUGGUGCUGAUCCAAACCAAAGAGAUGUACUUGGGAAUACUGCUCUGCAUUUAGCUGCAUGCACAAACAACAUCAAGAUGGUGACUGUCCUGCUCUCUGCAGGUAGGUGGCAUUGA